AUGACCAUCACAGUGCCUCCAUGUGACUCCCUAAACCCUGAGAGACACAACAUGCAGAAGAUUCUAGAAGUCACCAGAGAGAUCACUGAGCUGCUGACAGGAGAGGUGAGCGGGUGCCGGGAAUUCUGGGACAUUCUCCAGUAAGGAGGAGUGGGAGUAUUUAGAAGGACACAAGGAUCUCUACAAGGACGUCAUGAUGGACAAUCAGCCGCCCCUCACAUCACCGGAUGGAUCCAGUCAUGGGAACCCACCAGAGAGAUGUCCCCGUCCUCUGUAUUCCCGGGAUUCCACACAGGAAGGUCACACCAUCCCUCACCAUCAUCAGAGUGGAAUCCUCGGGGAUGAUAAUAUUGAUGUUAAAGAAGAGUAUAAAGAGGAGGAUGAGGAGUAUGGAGUGAUGGAGGUGUUUUCGGAAGGACACAAGGAUAUGAUGGAGCCACCUAAUACCAGGAACCCACCAGAGAGAUGUCCCCGUCCUCUGUAUUCCCGGGAUUCCACACAGGAAGGUCACACCAUCCCUCACCAUCAUCAGAGUGGAAACCUGAGAGAUCCUAAAGUUGAGGUUAAAGAAGAGAUAAAAGAGGAGGAGGAUGAGGAUGGGGGGAUGGAGGAGUCAGAGCUUCUAAAAGAACACAAAGAUCUGUACCAGGACACCAUGGUGGAGUCAUCCAGCUACAGGAACCCACCAGAGAGAUGUCCCCGUCCUCUGUAUUCCCGGGAUUCCACACAGGAAGGUCACACCAUCCCUCACCAUCAUCAGAGUGGAAUCCUCGGGGAUGAUAAUAUUGAUGUUAAAGAAGAGUAUAAAGAGGAGGAUGAGGAGUAUGGAGUGAUGGAGGAGUUUUCAGAAGGACACAAGGAUAUGAUGGAGCCACCUAAUACCAGGAACCCACCAGAGAGAUGUCCCCGUCCUCUGUAUUCCCGGGAUUCCACACAGGAAGGUCACACCACCAUCCCUCACUAUUACAAGAGUGGAGAUCCAAUCGAUAUAGAAUUUGAGGUGAAAGCAGAAGAAGAAGAAGAGGCGUAUGUGAGGGAUGAUCAGCAGUCUAUGGAGGAGGAUGGAAUAACGGGGACAUUUAUAGAGGAGGACACUCCUACAGAGAUCAGCACAGUCCAUGGCCGGGAGAUGAGGAAAACCUCCGAGGAUUGUCUCACUUUGUCUCCAGACUGGAAAGUAGAAGAUGAGGACAUCACACAGUAUAGUCCAGGAGAAAACCCGGCUCCCUCCAAUGUCCAUCCGGCACCACCCAGUGUAGAUGGACCAUCGGAUUCCUUGUAUCCUGAAGAACCUCAGACUGUGCGGGACCGGGCUGUUCUUCCAACAGGGAAAAGCUUUUCCUGUCCUGAGUGCGGGAAGGGUUUCCAUUUUAAAUGCUAUCUUGAUGAACAUCAGAGAUCUCACACGGGGGAGAAGCCGUAUUCCUGUCCUGAGUGCGGGAAAUGUUUUUCAAAAAAAAAGUCUAAUCUUAAAAAACAUCAGAGGCUUCACACAGCUGAGAAACCAUAUUCCUGUCCUGAGUGCGGGAAAAGUUUUUUUUCAAAAAUCAGAGCUUGUUUCACAUCAGAGAUCUCACACUGGGGAGAAGCCAUAUUCUUGUCAUGAGUGCGGGAAACAUUUUUCAUGGAAGUCCAGUCUUUGCAUACAUCAGAGAUCUCACACGGGUGAGAAGCCAUAUUGCUGUCCUGAGUGUGGGAAAUGUUUUUCAGUGAAGUACAACCUUUACAAACAUCAGAGAUCUCACACGGGAGAGAAGCCGUAUUCCUGUCUUGAGUGCGGGAAAUGUUUUUCACAUAUGUCUAAUCUUUACAUACAUCAGAGAUCUCACACAGGGGAGAAGCCGUAUCCUUGUCCUGAGUGCGGGAAAUGUUUUUCACAGAAGUCCAAUCUUUCUAUCCAUCAGAGAUGUCACACAGGGAGAAGCCACUUUCCUGUCCUGAGUGAGGGAAAUGUUCCUCACUGAAGUCCUGUCUUCCUGUACAUCAGGGGUCCCAUACAA